AACCUUUGGUUGUCUCACUCACACCUGAAACCCCACAAAACACAACCAUGGCUUCCUCUUCCGCCUCCACUUUGUCACUCUUAAUCUUAUCCAUCACCUUCUUCCUUUCUCUUAACCUAAUCACCACCCAAACCCAAGCAAGUGACAUGAUCUUAACAGUAGUAAACAAUUGUCCCUUCACAAUUUGGCCAGCCAUUCAACCCAACUCUGGUCAUCCAGUUCUUGAAAAAGGUGGAUUCGCCCUUCAUACCUUAUCUCACAAAUCGUUCGCAGCUCCAGCACAACACUGGUCUGGUCGUAUUUGGGCUAGAACAGGUUGUACUUACACCCAUACUGGUCAGUUCUCGUGUGCCACCGGUGGUUGUGGGGGUAAACUUGAAUGUGAUGGUUUAGGUGGUGCUGCACCAGCAACCCUAGCUCAGUUCACAUUACAUCAUGGUCACAGCGAUCUAUCUUCAUACUCGGUUAGUCUUGUUGAUGGAUUCAACUUGCCAAUGACUCUAACACCACAUGAAGGCAGAGGUACUUGUCCAGUUGUUGGAUGUAAGGCUGAUCUACUGUCCACGUGUCCUGAGAAGCUGAAGAUGAGAUGUCCAGCUGGUCAUGGACCUGUUGUUGGAUGUAUGAGUGGGUGUGAAGCUGUUGGUUCAGAUCAGAUGUGUUGUAGGAAUCAUUACAACAGCCCACAGACUUGCAAGGAGACUGAGUUCAGCUUGUUUUUCAAGCAUGCUUGUCCUGCCACUUUCACUUAUGCACAUGAUAGUCCUUCUCUUAGCCAUGACUGUUCUGCUCCUCGUGAACUUAAAGUCAUUUUCUGUCAUUGAUCACCUUCAUCAUUAUCAUCACUAGUAAGCUUUAUUUGUUUUCUUAUGCGUAGGGUCUCUGAUCAGUUCCGUGAAUCUGUUUGCUCUUUGGACUGUUCAGUUUUUAGUACUGUAAUGUAGUUUUUCUGUUUGUCGUUUUAAUGAUGUGUUGAAAUGUAAGAUGAAACGUAUCCGAGCGUUUUCAAUUAAUUAAAUGAUGAACAAAAUUGUGGGUUUGGAAUUUGAAAAUGAU